AUGCUCAACUGGAAACUCCUGGGGAUCUUGGUCCUUUGCCUGUUUGCUGGAGGCAUCUCAGGCAGUGGAGACCACCCUUCCCCCUCAUCCAGAGAGAUCUCAGAGGAGGAGGGCCCUCCACCAUUGCCUCAGGGCCCCCCAAUCCCUGGUGACCCCUGGCCAGGGGCACCCCCUCUCUUUGAGGAUCCUCCACCUCCAGGCCCCAAUCGUCCCUGGAGAGACCUGCCUGAUUCUGGAGUCUGGCCUCCUGAACCCCCUAGAACUGAUCCUCCUCAACCUCCUCUGCCUGACGACCCCUGGCCCGCAGGACCCCAGCCUCCAGAAAACCCCUGGCCACCUGCCCCUGAGGUGGACCACGGAUCUCACGAGGAGCCAGAACUUGACCCACCCAGGGAGGAGUACAGAUAA